AUGUCGCAACACAAUCCAAAAUCCAACAACGACAUUCCUGAGUUUUGUUACCUACAAAUUUCCAUAGGUGGUCAAGUGCAACCAAGACCAAUUGUCAUUCACCUCCAGCACGAAACUUGUCCAAAGACCUGUCGCAACUUUCUGGCCUUGUGUAGUUCAUAUGCUUCAGAAGAAGAAGAAGAAGAAGAAAUCAAAAAAGUAAAAACCACUCGAAAGAAACCCAUGCCUACCUAUCGUGGGAGUUACUUUCAUCGGAUCGUACCCAAUUUCAUGUGUCAAGCGGGAGACUUUGAACGAUUCGAUGGAACCGGUGGGUACAGUCCCAUUUAUCCAGGGGGACGAUUCGACGACGAACCGUUUUUGAAAAAACACGAUGCGGAAGGUGUGGUCAGCAUGGCCAAUGCGGGCAAGAAUACCAACAAGAGUCAAUUUUUUAUCACGCUCAAGGCCACACCUCAUUUGGAUGGAAAGCAUGUCGCUUUUGGACGAGUGGUAUCGGGGAUGGAAAGUGUUCAUGCCAUGACUAAAGUGGAACGGGAAGGAGAUCGACCAGUUCCAUUGCAACGGAUUGAAAUUUGCGAUUGUGGGAUUGGCAAGGGUGGUGAUGACGACAACAACAACAAUAACAACAGCAACAAACAACAAGACGAGGAUGGCAAACAAGACAAUGCAAAGGGAUCAUCAACACCACGAGACUCUGAUCGGAAACGAAACAAGAAGAAGCACAAAAAGCGAUCCAAAUCCAAGCGUCGCAACCAUGAUGACGACCCAGAUGACGAUGAUGAUGGCAACCGUCAUCGGGAUCGAAAAAAGCGAAGGAGGAAACAUCAUCGUUCUCGCAAAGAUGAGGAUUCCGACGACUCGUAUUCCGAUGCGUCUUCCUCGAGUGGUAGAGAUGGGGACCAUUCCCGUCAUGAUGGAAGGAAACAUCGUUCCAGAUCAUCAGAUGGACGACGACGAAGAAAACAUAGUAAGCAACACGGCAGGAAAAAAUCCAAAAGGUCAUCGAGUCGCAGAAGAAGCAGCGACAGCAGUAGCGCUUCUUCUACGACUAGUCGUGGAGACUGA